UCAGGAUCCACAUGAACCAAAGUCAACCUGAGGGUCUGAUCCGUGAUGAACUGUGUUUUCUGUUGGCAGUUCUCCACCAUGGCAAAGGUUCACUGACUGCUGGUACGUGGAGGUGGUAUUGAUCUCUGACGAUAGGAUCAGUCUUGAUCAGAAGGGCAUGUUAAAAUUUAUCAGACCACAAAUAAAAACUAGUCCAUUGGUCAGAGGAAUCAGAUCAGUCAGUGACAGAUAACUGUGAGUGGAGUUUUAUUCUGGCUAACCUGAGGAUCAUUUCGACAUGAUUUGGUUUGUUUUGUUGUUCUGUGGCUUGGCUUUGGCUCAGGAUGAGACUACUACUUUUAGCUUUUCUGAUCUCGUGAAUAAGUUUGAUGCCAUGUCUGAAACGCUUGACGCUCUAAAAACCAGAAUGAAUGACAGUGAGACCAAGCUGUGGGAGAGUGAAACUGAGCUUAAGGAAACUAAAAUCAGGCUACAGAUGACUGAAUCCAGGCUACAGGCCAGUGAAACUAAACUCCAGGCAACUGAGUCCAGGCUACAGGCCAGUGAAACUAAACUCCAGGCAACUGAAUCCAGGCUACAGACCAGUGAAGCUCGGCUACAGGCCAGUGAAAAUCAGAUUCUUGGACUGAUGAACAAAGAAACAACCAGAGUGGCCUUCAGUGCAGCAUUGGGAGGAACUGGAGACUUCGGACCUUUUCACACCCACACAACUUUAAUCUACAGAACAGUGACAACAAACAUCGGGAACGCCUACAAUUCAGCCACAGGUAUCUUCACCGCUCCUGUGGCAGGUGUUUAUUACUUCACCUUCUUUUAUCACGCUAAUGGGAGCCAUAUAGCUGUCCUGGUUCUCUACAAGAACUCAGAGAGGAUAAUCGGGGCUUUUGAGCAACGUUCAGACACUGACAAAGAUGACAAUGGAGGAAACGCUGUGUUUCUUCAGCUGCAGCAGGGAGACCAGGUGUAUGUGCUACUGGCCAAAGAUACACACGUUUAUGGAAACGACUUCUAUACAACUUUUAGUGGUUUUUUGGUCUCUCAAAUGUGAGAUUGGACACUGAUCCAAUCUAUCAUCAUUCUGUUUGAUGAGAGUACUUAGUUGAUUAUAAUAUAGAAAGUUUUACAUGAAGAUUAGCAGUAAUAUCACCUCUUUAUUCUCUGUGAUGCUGAAGUCUGAUGUGAAGUCAACAGGAUAUUUUGAAAGAAAUAAAAAUGUAAAAACUGCUCAAACAACAACAGCUCCUCUGUACCUUAAUCUUACCUGACCCUCCCCACAGGAUUAACCAUGUCCAUGUUUUCUUUGCAUUUAAAUGUUUUUGUCUUCAGUAAAACCUGAUUAAUAUUGUUCAUACACUGAUUUAGCAUUGAUAUUCCAAGAUGACAACAUGAGACUAACUCUGGGAUUGUCAAUCUUUCCAUCAUGUUCACCUUUCAAUAAAGUUUACAUCA